AUGAAGUUUCACGCCUUAGUGUCCGUUAUAAUAUUAGGCCCUGCAUUAUCAGUAAACGCUUAUUGCCCUGAAGCUGCGCUCGCGCCGCUGCCCUUUGUGUUGGAGUACGCCGUUUGGCGCGGAUGGCGUCAGGCUGUUAUAUACAGUCCGGAUAUAGAACCAGGAUGUCAGUGGGCUAUAGUUCGCUUGAUGAAAUGUCUGAGCAUCAAUGGAGUGGCUUCAGCAUCAGAAUCAUUGCACAAUGUUCGCUUACGCGCUAAUCUUGGCAUCAUCAUUUUAUCUCCGCGUCUCAGAAGAAAUGCUACGGCCAACUUCACGAAACUUGUUAAUAAGUUACAUCACUUGCACAUGGAUACCUCUUCAUAUGACUGGUUGAUAGCAGCGCGAAGUAAUCAAGACUUUAAUUAUAUCAACGAAGUACUUAAUGUUACUUCAGUCCGAUUCGACCAAAACAUUGUGGUUGCAUACACGCAAAACAAAUACGUUCCUGAAACCAACAAACUCGGAUUGUGUGAUGUUAAUUUCAUUUACAAAGGCAGGAGUAAUUAUUUCAGCCAGCGCCCAAGGGAUUACGGGAGCCACUAUAAUAAAUAUCAAAAUGUACACAGGAAUCAGAAUAUCAAAACUGAGUAUGAAAGAAACUAUUAUCGUACUUCGGAGAGGUUCAGAAAUUUGACAAGGAAUAAAACUUAUAAAAGGGACGGAAAUGUCCUUCCGCUGUACCAGACUGGAGUUACGAACUACAAUUAUUCAAGAACAUUUACUAUGUUGAAUAUAAGUCGCUUCUCACUGUAUUCUCAGUUCAAGAAGUGGAAUCAACAGCACCGUCUGGAACAUUCGGAGAGAGUCAUUAGUGUUUUGCAGUAUUUUAAAGUACGCGCUAACUCAACGCUUUAUGCCUACUUUCUAGGUAAUUGGAGCCCGAGUCAGUCGAUGUCAGGAGUGGAGGUGUCCUACCCAGUGGAGUCCCGCACCUUCUUGGGCGAGGAGCUAGUGGUAGGGAGAUGUAACUCCACGGGUGAUGGCAAUCCUUCGCUGGAUGACGAGGGUCCGUCUUCAGAGCCUAUGUUGGAUGACAUCCUUCAUUUCUUGACAGUGAGAUUGAAUACUACUUCAUCGACUCGGUACUAUAGUAAGCUGGGGUUUCGCACGUACGAGGGAACAUGGACCGGCCUCCUAGGCGCACUGAUGGACAAUACCGUGGACGUGGCCCUUGAACCCGUCACCGUGCACGCGACUCGACUACAAGACAUGGACUUUAUCUUCCCCAUCGCCGAAACAAUGUGCAAUAUCUACAUUCGCCAGCAAGAAACAUCGACAGUCCGGGACAUAUUCCUGGCUCCAUUCAGCGUGAGGCUCGUGGCAUGUGUCUUGGCAGUUGUGCUGAUAUCAGCUAUUGCUAUCGUCAUCAUCAGCCGAGCUACCUCGACGGUAUGCGCCAAUGAUAGACGCAUGGGCUACACUGAAGCUUUGAUAUGGUCCACUGGGAUAUUGUGUCAGCAAGGUGGCACAUGGACACCUUCCAACCCUGCCGCCAGCGUGUUGCUCAUCGUGUGCCUAUUCUUCGCCGUCGUCACAUACAACGCCUACGCAGCGUUCAUCACCUCCGUACUGUCGGUCCGAGUGGCCAGCGUCGACACCAUAGCGGCCGUGCUUCACUCACCCAACUUCAAGAUCGGGUACAUUAGGAACGGAGCUGAUCAAAUGUACCUUAUGUCGACAAAAGACGUGCAGCUGAAUGCUUUUUACAUUCGAGGCUAUUCUGACGCUGACAAUUUGGUGACGUCAGCCGUAGAGGGAUUGGCGCGAGCCGCGAGGCAGGAUUAUGCGUUUUUUGCGGGACAAAGGGUAGCGCGAUCGACUUUACGGUCUUUAAGUCAAGCUCGUGGUCGCUGUGCUGUCAGGGAGUUGCCAGUGCACUCGACUCGGGCUCACCUCGCCUUUCCACUGCCUCGCCAGUCGCCCUAUGCUAGACCUACACUGCUUUCACUUCUGCAGCUCCGAAGUGGUGGCGCUCUGGCUCGUCUGGAAGCUGCCUUAGUGCCCGACAUGCCACAGUGCGCGCCGCCUCCCGGUUUCGCCUCCGCUAGAGCUACCGACGUGCGAUCGGCCCUGAUAUUGCUAAUUGUUGGCCUUAUUACGUCAUUGCUGUUAGGUUUAGGAGAAUAUUGCUGGAAAAAUCGAAAGGAGUUGAAGGCCUUUUUAGCUGGAUUUUAUCGCCGUGUCGUGAACAUUGUAAUGCAUUAAAAGUGGCCUUAGUAUAUUUUGUGCUCGAUAAGAUCUCGGUAAAUUUUAUUAAAAUCUAUCGUUGUCUAGAAAUUAUUCCAAAAAAUUCUAAAACUAUUGUUUUCACAGUAUUAGGUAUCACGCGAGAUUACGAAAAUUGUUUGCAAAUAAGUAGGUAAUUAAUGUGUACCCUUUGCCUGAGUCCACUGGUAGCAAGCACACAAAGAUUGCAGAUUUUGCAGACUUUUUAGACAUGCUUACUCAUUUUUUUAUUGCUUGGUAGAGCGCUUACACUAGAAGAAUUAUUUGUAUAUGCAGCUUUAACGCUUAGUAUAUUAUGUAUGUCUACUCAAAAACUUAUCUUAGUACAUAGUUUUAAUAGCACGUGUAUUUACUUAUGUAGCAUAUGUUCGAUUAAUCGGUAUUACCUCGUAUUUCCUAGAGCUGUUUAAUACAACAAUAUAGACUGCAUACAUGCCUAUAGCGUUGUUGUUUCUCGGCAAUCCGACAAAGGAGUUAAUUUACAACCAAAUGUACCCUGGCGACCCGCAUGGACAACGUAAUCACCAUAUUAAUAACUCGACGGUUCGUAUCUUUUGACACCAGUGUCCUUGAAUGUAGGUACAUAAACUUUGCAAUUUUUCUACCCGACACGAAAAGCAUGAAGUUUAUAUCUUUACCUAAUAGUUGUAGAUA